CUCCUCCAGGACACUGAAAGAAGGACCGCGCGGGUAAUUUCGAGCCCGGCGGGGCGGGAGAAAUAAAAGUUUGGGUAGUUGUAGCUGAAGGUGAUGUCUUUCCCGGCGACUGAAUUGCGGUGGCCCGAGCACCUUGUCCCGCUGGAAGAAGUUGAUAACUUGUUGCGUUGUGGGAUAUGCUUUGAUUACUUCAACACUGCAAUGAUAAUUCCACAGUGUUCACAUAAUUAUUGUUCUCUAUGUAUUCGAAAGUCGCUGUCCUAUAAACCUCAGUGCCCUAUAUGCUGUAUGGUAGCCUCAGGACCUGACUUGAAAAAUAACCGGAUAUUAGAUGAGCUGGUACAGAACUUUAUUUCUGCAAGACAGCGGCUGUUCCAGGCAGUUUUGGAUUCUCCAUCAAUUUCUUCUCCAACUCUGUUACCUAAGAAAGCUCCUCUCCAAGGUCACAUUUUGAACUCUCCAGAUGGAUUGUUUUUCAAACAGAAAAAGCAACGUGCAGAUACCUUUCCAGUCAACGAAAAUAGACAUUUAAUAUCAGCUGACAAAGGCAAAAAUAUUAAAAUAAAGCAAGAGGAGAACCCCUGUAGCUCAGAAGAAAGUUAUGAGGCGGGUGGUAAAGAAGUAGCAAAUACAGCUCCCACUGGAAGCAUCAGAAACUCUGAAAUGCCUUCCACAUCUGCAACAAAAUUUGUCACAAAAGUGGAGUGUCCUGUCUGUGGGGUUCCUGUUCAAGAACUACAUAUAAAUAACCACCUUGAUAGUUGCCUGACAAGAGAUGAGAAGAAAGACAGUCUCCGAAGUUCUGGACAAAAAAGAAAGUUACUACCGAAACUGGUUUACAGUUUACUUUCUGACCGUGAUCUGAGGAAAAGACUGAAAGAACAUGGAUUGUCCACCCAGGGAACAAAACAACAGCUUAUUAAACGACACCAAGAAUUUGUGCAUAUGUAUAAUUCAGAGUGUGAUUCUCUAAAUCCUAAAUCAGUUGCGGAAAUAGUAAAAGAACUGGAAAAUAUUGAAAAGACUCAAGCACAACUUGAUGCCAGUAAACCCAAAGAAGAUAGUAUGAUAUUUACAAAGCACCAGACAGAGAAUGAAAUAGAUGAAAUUCAUAGAGAUUAUCGAAAGAAACACAAAGCUGAAUUUCAGCUUUUAAUUGACCAAAUGAAAAAACGAAAGAAAAAUGCAAGCAAAGAACAGAUAAAGGAAGAAAAACCGGAGCAGAAAGAAGCAACUACUGAAAGUGGAGAAAAAUUAAGGGUUCAAGAGCAAAGUGAUCUGGCCUCUGUCAGCAAUCAGUCUCCCGAAGCUGCAGCCUGCGAAGAAAACCUCUCUCUUUUUGCUGCCUGUCACUCUCCUGCAUCUUCAAACAGAGUGAAAGGACAGGCAGGCAGCAACCCUCCACGUGUGAAAGAGAACUCCUGCACCAGGCAGCUGGAACCAAACAUGGAUCCCAAAUAUCCGAGCCCCAUUCCUGCAACCCACUCAAGUUCAGACAUCAUAAGAGAUUUAGAAAUUGCUGGGAUGUGUUCAGACUCAUCAGAUAAAAAAAGAAGUGUGAAAACGACCAAACAAAAAUCACAACAUUCUAGGAGCAGCUCGCCAAUAUCCAAGAGUAAGCGAAGAAGAAAGUAGCAGACAUGCUAUUUUGUUACAAAAAUUUCCAAAAUGGCUUUACUUCUAAAAAUUUAGAAGCAUAUCUGUUGGCAAAUUCCAUCCCCAGCAAUGAACGUUGCUUUACAAUAAAUCUACUUUUCCUGUUAAUAGCUGUAUAUUUAAGGUGGAAGAAAGUACUGUAUUACAUUCAGAAUGUAAGCUUUAGAAUAUAUGCUGUUUUACAAGAUCAACCUUGUCUUAACUGUAUGUAUAGUGGACUGCAAUUACUAUCAUCUUCAGUGAUGCUCUUAGGACACCAUUUAAUUCAAAGUAUUUAAUUAGAAAAAAGUUGAUUUAGGUAAUUUUCAUUCUUUUUCUUUACCUCCAUUUUUAGCACUUAUGAAUAUGGUUGAAUCAUUAUUCUGGAUAUAUUUUAUAGCACGAGUUGUACCAUGGUUUUAUUCUUUCAUAUAGAAAAAGAAAUCAGAAAUAUUGUAUGUAUGUAAAAACAAUGAAAACUUGCUAUUUGCUCUGAGAGUAUUGCUUUUUCAACUGUCUUCCUCUUUAUUUAUUUAUUCUUUGACAUCUAUAUUCUUAGAACAAAAUUUUGUAAAUUAGAAUUUCUAGACUAAAAGAAAUUCAGACAAAUGAAAUUAAUUCCAGAAUGAAUAUUUUCAUCUGCUAUUUCUUGAUAAAAUGAUUUCAAGAUCAUGCCACAUGAGAUUAUAAUUAUGUACUGAUAUUUUGCCAAACUUAAAUAAUUUAGCAACACGGCUAACAAAAUGUCCACUCCUAUGCAUCGAUUUAGAUUGCAUGACCUGGAAAUAAUUUCAUUACAAAAUUAAUUUUGUUAAUUAUUCAACUGCCCAACACUUUCACUGCUGAAAAAAUAGAAAAGGGCCUAUUUUCUGUUUCCACCACCACCUUCUCCAAAUGGAGUAUUGGGGAUUCUAGAACAGAUGUGGGGGAAUAAGAAAUUUAAGAGGGAGGACAGGAAAUUAGGAUCUUGUUACACAGAACAUCUCCUUACACAACUUUGGAUUUUUCUCUCAGUUUAUGUGUUGUAAAAAAAUUCAGUCCUGUGAUGCAUGCCAUAUAACAAAUUCUGCUUCUAUCACUCUCAUUUGCAGGAGUAUAUUGAUGAGACUACUACUAAUGCUAAAUAUUUUUCUGUUCAUACAUACACACCCGUACACACAAACAAACAUGAAAUUCGAUAUUGAGCAUGGUAUAUAUAGUUUUGCAUGCUAUGUAAUGAAGGCUUUUCUAAUCCCAAAUCAUAACAAUUUAAAAAAAUAAGGGUAAAGUGCUACUUUUUCUUUUUGGGAUUUCUUCUAAAUCUGGAAACAUCGCUGCUUCAUCUCUGAAAAUGAAUUUGGGAUAAUGGGUGAGGAACAUUCUCACUGCCUCUGACAUUUAUCCUAUACUUAUUUCCUUGAAUAAAGGAAUGUCUGCCUUCUUUCUCUUUCCCCCCCAGCUCCAAAAAAAUGGGAGAAAGUAGAGGCUGCCCUUGGGUUAACAGAUAAGACUACAGCUUGAGCAUGAAAUAGGAAGGCAUUGUGUUCAGCCUCUAUUCCUCAUGAAAGGGUUGAACUCAAAGGGCCCCUUCACCACAGAAGGAAACUUUCAGCUUGGCUGUGAAGUGAAAGGCAGAAGGGGUACACUGAUUUUGCCUGGGUACCCACUGGCGGUUCUGAAUGUAGAAUCACACAAUCAGAUGAAGAGACCUUCGUGGCUUUAGUAUCUCAAUGUAAGUCCAAGCCAAAGUAGAAGGAAGGAGAUUGGGUUUGCUUCAAGCUUCAGAGCUGAGUCCAGGCUGCACUUUUUAACCAUGGCAAGUUGAAUGACCUUGUCAAUGCCUAUUUAAAUUUCUUUGAAGACUUAGCAUAUAUAGUAACACCAGUUAUUUAAUUACACACACACCAAAAACAUGUUAUAUACAGUUCGUUUUAAUUUUGGGGAUGAAAAAUAAGGCAUCCAAAGGCAAGUUCAUCAUUCUGAUUUCAUUUUCCUUGCAGUCGAGGUGAUGACAUGAGCAGGGCUGUCUGUCUUGUGCUAUGCUGAGCAUUCACAUCAAAGCCUUGCUUGAAUUAAAAUCUGGCUGCUUAUUAAUAUACGUGCUUGCUUUUGACUGCUUAUAAAAUUUCAACUAAGUUUUGGACCUAUUCUUCAAUGUUACUUUGCAGCUAACUUUCAUCAUCACAUAUGCUAAGAUAUUGCACUUAUGUGUAAACAGUUCCCUGAUGGUUACUUUUUAAAUAUGAACUUAGGAAAGUAUUUCCUUACCAACUUUUUGCCAACAACUUUUUAUUUUAAUAUUUAGAAGAUAUCGCUAUGACCUAUUAAUAAAAUCGAGAGCCUAUGUGAAAAAUAACUUUAUCAAAUUAUGUCUUAUUUACAUUCCCUAACACAAGAGUUUUCUUUUAGUUCCCUUAAUGUAAUAUAUUCCUGCAAUGUAUUAUAUCAAAGGCCAUAAAUGUCAGCCCUACUGCUGUGAAUUUUUAUCGCUUUUUAAAAAGUUGCUGCUUUAUUUCUGUUUUAUUGUUUCUUGUGGAUGUCUCUUCAAACAUUUGAAAUGAAUGGUCUCUCCCCCCCGCAUUUUUGGGUAUUUCUGCAGCAUGUCUGAUUUUGCUCAACUCCAUCUGGUGCAGAUCAAGGUCUAUGUCCCAAAGGAAGGUGUGUGUGCAGUUGCUGUUUUGCAGAUUUUUUUUUUGUUAUAAAAACUAGUUUUGAUGUGCAUCUUAAGUUUCAAGAGAUUAAUAGAAAUAAUGGUGGAGUGGAGCUAUGUAAGGAAACUUACUACUCUUAUACUGUGGCUUAAAAGAAAAAUACCAUUGGUAUUUGUCAGAAUAUUUAUGAACUGGAAUACGACAUAGCAACAGGUCAGCCAUUGGGGACUGGCUGGAAUAGGACAUGGUAACAAGUUCAGCCAAUGUAUAGG